GUUUUAAUACGCCAUAAUAUUUAGCUUGUUGCUGAUGAUAGUAAGGAAUGAUGUCCUUCCUUGUUUUUUCGUCGGUUGUGUUUCUGCAGUAUACUAUUUACAUUUAAACUGAUAUUCAUCUACUAGUAUAAACCUUACCAGUAACACAAAAAGUGAGCCAAGAUGUGAUGAUACAAUUCAUCUAAGAGCUGAAGAGAAAGGCAACUGACAUCAAGAGUGUUGGGGGGGGGGGGACAUUUUGGUAUUAAAAAAACUUACCUGUGUGAAAGCUUGUGCAUCCCAACAGUUUGAGUGAAUUAUUGUAUAAAUUGCUGUGAGAAGUAGAUCACAAAGGAAGAAUGGAGGAAACAGGACUUUCAAAAAGAGAUUUCAGCCAGCUAUUGGUGGAUUUUUCAAGUUGGUAUGAUGGACUUGAAUACAUCAAUAUGCUGAAAGUUUUGUACAACAACAGAAAACAUGUGCCAAUUGACUCUGAUUUAAGUAAGGCUACUGAUGUAAUGUCCUUGCUAAGUAUUUUAAUUUGUUCUGGGAAUUUGAGUCAAACAAAUCUCACUAUCCUGUAUGACACAAUCAAAGUUACCGGACAUCUUGGCUUCAAAUCCAGUAUUGUACUUCCAACUUUACAAAGAAUUGAAGAACAUGAAGUGUCUAAAUUGUCAUGGUACAGACAAUUCCUGUUGAAGCUAGGAAUGGCACUGACUAAAGCUGAUAUAGUAGCGCUUGAUGUCCGAUAUAACAUACCGUUGUUAAAGAAGUAUAAAGAUAGCUGGCAUUUGAUUCUAGAUCUAGAGCAAAGGAAUGAGCUUUGUGAAGAAAAAAUUGAUGAUUUCAUUGAAGGAUUACCAAGUGACAAAGCUCUGAAAGCUUUACUGGAACUGGAAGGUACAGAGCUAUGUUUGUUAAAGAGAGUGUACAAGAGAGCAGUCAGUAAGCAAGAGCAUGAAACAUACACAUCUUACUACAACCGUUUGAAAGAGAAUAUUAGACAGUCAAACAUGCAUAUAAGAAAGGAUGUUAGUGGUGAUGGGAACUGUUUCUUAUACUGCAUCCAAGAUCAAUUUGAGAGGCUGGGUUUACCAAAUCGAUCUAGUGCACAACUCAGGGCUGAUUUAGUGGACUACUUGCGACAUUUGGAUAAAGAAGAUCCAUUGAUCGCCCUUACAGAUGACAAAUAUCUAGAUGAAUUGAGUAAAGAUGGUACUUUUGUUGACGAAACAGCCAUAAGAGGGAUAUCACGAAUAUUAAAUCACAACUUUCAAAUAGUGACCAGUCAAAGAAAAAGCACAGAGCAGGGCCACUUGGUCACAAAAAUCCAAGAAAGUUCAAACCCAGAUGGUGUAAUGUUAUUUGGUCAAAUUGGAGAGCUACACUAUAUAAGCUUAGGUGAUGAAGUUGGAUCACAAGUAUCAGCAAGGCAAAACUUAGAUUGCCCAAGUAAGCAAGAUUUAAUUAUCAAAGAAUUUCUGACAAGAAAGCUGAAGCAAUUGUAUCAGGAUGUUAAUCAAAUGACACCAGCAAUCUGGCAUAGACAUCAUAGAGUAGAUAUUGCUGAAGUAUUCACACAACUCAUCUUACUGGAAUCCAACAGGAAAGACAAAGAAGAACCAGAUGAAUUCAAAUCAACAUGUAUAAGAAAGGAAGGUAGACCCACAUCUUUAACAGAGGUAUUAGGUAUCAUUAAAUCAAAAGAUUCAUGUAAGGUAUUAAUAACAGGAGGAGGAGGGAUGGGCAAGACUACACUUCUGAAAUAUAUUACUUAUAAAUGGGCUACUGAUAAAUUACAUGCCUUUGCCGGUAAAUUACUGUUUCUGAUCAGUGUUGGGGACAUUAAAACAAGUACAGAUAUGUUGGAAUUAAUUCUAAAAAACAUAGUUACAAAUGAAUUAAUUCUUCAGCACAACUUGCCAACUAACUCAGUUGAAAGAUUUCUGAUCAAUAAUGCUGAUGAUAUAGUUAUUUUGUUAGAUGGAUAUGAUGAGUUACACAGAGAUGCUAAGGACCCUGUAUAUCUGUUCAAAGGAUGUGAAUUAGAAAAAAGCACUGUGGUGAUAACAUCCCGACCUGACUACACAAUUGAUUUGAUUAAAUGUUGUACUGUACAUAUUGAAGUGAAGGGGUUCAGUAGAAGAAACAUAAAGAAGUAUAUUCAUGAUCAUUUUCAUUCAAUCAACAAAUGUGAGUUGGGGGAAUUAUUAAUGAAGGAGUUCAAUCUUGUGUCACAGCAUGAACUUUACUGGGGUGGUGAUCAUAAAGAGGCAUUUGAAUUGUGCUCAUCCCCACUGUUAUUGCUUAUGAUUUGUACCAUAUGGGAACAAAAUCAACAUCUUCCAAAAGACUUGUCAGUUCUUUUCAUUCAACUGAUUUGUUGCAUUUUAAGUCAAUAUAAAUGCAAGAGGGAUGAUAAAAUUGCAAUUUCCCAAAUUAAUAGUGUUCCAGAGCAGUAUAGACUUGCCAUUCUACUAUUAGGAGAAUGUAUGUAUGAAGGCCUAAAGGAAAAUAAAUUGUCUAUUGACAAACAUGUUUUAUCAAAUAUGACAAAAAAUAUAGAUUCUGUAGAUUUAGCAUUGAAAAUUGGAUUUGUUUAUGAAGAUAGCCCUUUUAACCCUGGUGAUGUAAGAGAGAUGUACACACCUCCACACAAAUUAAUUUCAGAGGCAUUAGCAGGUUUUUAUUUGUCGAAUCAAAUUGAGAAAGAAUAUUUGAAAUCUGAUGAAUAUGAGGUGAUAAGAUCUAAUAAAUAUUUAAAUAUGACAAGAGUGUUUACAAUAGGAUUUCUAGGUGCUAAAGCUGGUGGAUUGCUUAAACAUUGGUUAGUAAUCAGGGCUUCACAUUUUUACUCAAUAGCACAGGGUUUCACACAUAUAAAGGAGGAAAAUGAAGAAGCUGUGCUACAGGAAUUGGAUAAAAACAUGUCCACUGAAAUGAAAUCCUGCUGUAAGCAAAUGCGUGAGACAUACAGAAGUGUCCUUAAGGAUGAUAAAAGCGUAGUAAGUGAGCAUUUAUAUAAACUUUUAAACAUAUGUUGCACUAUAUAUGAGGGAAGAUCAGAAAAACUUGUGGAGAAAUGUAUAUCGCUGUUAGAUGCAUCUAGUGAAGAAACUUUCAGAUCAUCAUGCAGAAGUUUUGUACAUAUCUUAGUUAUUGUAGGAGGACAAAAUUUAGGAAACUCCAGCUUCAGGUUCAGUAUUGAAUACCCUUUAUUUGAAUAUAUAUCAAAUUGGACAAGUGAAAACCAUAAUUUCCUUUCUGCUGAGAUGAAAUACCUCAAAUUCAACUAUGGUUACACUAGUUUCUGUUUAACCCAUGUAUUUAAUUCAUCAUUCUUGAUUCAUUUGCUGACACAUUCAAAUAACCUCUCUAAAUUACGUAUCACUUCGGGUAAGCUUGCUGAGUCUGUACUCAGUGUAGUUAUCAUUGAGUUACACAAAACUAAUGUAAAGUUGAAGUUAACAGAACUUGAUAUUAUGGGCAAUGAUCUACAUAAUAUCGAUGGAACAUUACUAGGAAAACUAUUUGAAAUAGCUCCUGAAAUAAAUGUGCUAAAUAUAAGCGGUUGUAGUUUAUCAGGUGAUAUUGUGAAGGCAAUGAUUACUGAAUGUCAAAACAGUGGAAUUUCUUUAGGUGGAUGCAAUCUUAUUAUUAACAAUAAUAACAUUGAUAAUGCAUUAUUGGGCAAUUUACUUAAAGGGUAUCCUAAUAUAUCUGGUCUUUCUAUAGCUUCAUGUGGGCUAUCAAAGGCAAGUUUUAAUAAAAUGAUCAAUGGGUUUCAUGAAAUUGAAUUACGUAAACUAGAUUUCAGCCGAAAUUAUUUAGGAAAUUUAGAUGGAAAAACGUUUGGAACCUUAUUGAAAAUGCUUCCCAAACUUUGUUAUUUUAACAUGAGUCAUUGCAGUUUAUCAGGCAGUAUUGUUAAUGAAAUGAUGGAGGAAUGUGGUAGGAUGAAUGUAGUAUUGAAAGACAACUUGCUUCAACUGAAGGGCAAUGACCUUUCAGAUAUUGAUGGUAAGUCACUUGCAGAGAUAAACAAAGCUUUUUUCAAAUGGAGUGAUUAUUCUCUUACAGCUGAUAACCUACAAAAUCUGAUUGAAUCAGUAAGUGUUGUAAAUAAAACAUUGAAUUGGCAUUCGAUAGUUUUAUGUCAUAUUAACCUGUCUUCGAUCAGUGGUAAAACAUUAGCUUGCCUUAUUAACAUCUCUCCAGACCUGAUCCAUAUUGACAUGAGACAUUGCAGUUUAUCAGGCAGUAUUGUUAAUGAAAUGAUGGAGGAAUGUGACAGGAUGAAUGUAGUAUUGAAAGACAACUUGCUUCAACUGGAGGGCAAUGACCUUUCAGAUAUUGAUGGUAAGUCACUUGCAGAGUUAAUCAGGGCAUAUGUCGAAGAUUCCGUCUUUGAUUUUAAAGGUGCUUUCAUUUGGCGUAAUUAUUCUCUUACAGCUGAUAACCUACAAAAUCUGAUUGAAUCAGUAAGUGUUGUAAAUAAAACGUUGACUUGGCAUUCGAUAGUUUUAUGUCAUAUUAACCUGUCUUCGAUCAGUGGUAAAACAUUAGCUUGCCUUAUUAAGAUCUCUCCAGACCUGAUCCAUAUUAACAUGAGACUUUGCAGUUUAUCAGGCAGUAUUGUUAAUGAAAUGAUGGAGGAAUGUGGUAGGAUGAAUGUAGUAUUGAAAGACAACUCGCUUCAACUAGAGUACAAUGACCUUUCAGAUAUUGAUGUUAAGUCACUUGCAGAGUUAAUCAGGGCAUAUGUCGAAGAUUCCGUCUUUGAUUUUAAAGGUGCUUUCAAUUGGCGUAUUCAUUCUCUUACAGCUGAUAACCUACAAAAUCUGAUUGAAUCAGUAAGUGUUGUAAAUAAAACAUUGACUUGGCAUUCGAUAGUUUUAAGUAAUAUUAACCUGUCUUCGAUCAGUGGUAAAACAUUAGCUUGCCUUAUUAAGAUCUCUCCAGACCUGAUCCGUAUUGAUAUGAGACAUUGCAGUUUAUCAGGCAGUAUUAUUACUGAAAUGAUUGAGGAAUGUGGUAGGAUGAAUGUAGUAUUGAAAGAUGGCUUGCUUAAAUUGGAGGGCAAUGACCUUUCAGAUAUUGAUGGUAAGUCACUUCUUGGGGUUUUAUCACCCUAAUUAUGAUGGUGGUUCAGUUGGAGUAAUUAUUUGAUAACCUUGAAAAGCUGGUUGAUUCAGUAGGUGAAAAUAUGACAUUCAAUUGGUAAGGAUAGAUUUGAGUGAUAUUAACGCAUCUUCAAUUUGUGGUAAUACAUUAGCUUGCCUUGUUGAAAUCUCUCCAGACUUGAUCUAUAUUCAAUUCAAUUCAACAAAACAUUUAUUUUCUUCCAAAGGCACUUAAAAAUACAAAAUUACAAACACAAAAUACAAA